GCAUAUAGUCACACUGGGACUUUUUUUCUUACUUAUUUCUGGACGUGAUUGCGUCGGAUGUAUCCGUGUAUAGAGCUGUAAUUACGGUCAGAUACAUUUAAGAUUGUGCUGGUGUGAGUAUGCUCUAACUCGAGAAAUGGAAGUUGACAUCAUGGCGUGAGAAAAAAGAGAGGAAAAAAAAAAAAGAAAAAAAAAAAGAGAGAAAAGACUGUCAUGAGAAAAAAGGGAGAAAGGGCUGACACGUGGCGGCUGGUCCUUGGUUCGUUGUCGGCUGUCUAUACGUUUGUUUGAUAGAACGGCUACCUUAGCUAGCAGCCAUUACUGUUUCACUCUCUGCUUUGGGAGGACAGAUCGGCAUCUUCGUGGCCGCCAUAGCUUCUAGCUUCGGCCAGCUAUCGAAGACAGCCAUAACCGGCUAUGGCCGACUAUAGGCGGCCGUAGCCGGCCCCGUCAUCAUCCUCCAUAGCCAGGCAUCGUGAUCGUCAUCCUCCAUAGCCAGCGUUUGCUAUUCUCCGAAGCCGCCCAUCGCCGACUCCCUUAGCCGGCUAAGCGAACUCGGUGGAGAGAGAGAGAGAGAGAGAGAGAGAGAGAGAGAGAGAGAGAGAGAGAGAGAGAGAGAGAGAAGGAUGUCGGGAGUUUACUCCUCCGUUGGGAGAGUGGCUCGUGGUGUGAUUAAUUGCACCAUUGGAGCAUGGAAACGGAUAGGAUACACCAUAGCCAACGCUGCGAUCGGGAUCGGGACUGGGAGAUACUCAUCGAUAGCGUCUUCGUCUUCGUCUUCUUUUCCCACUGCCAUUGGUUCUGACGUGUCUGCCACGUCAGCAUCACUUAUCGGCAGAUUACAGUCCACAGUGGCAAGAUCAGGUCCAGCUCAUAACAACCUGCCUGGUGCUGCCGUCGGAGGAGGAGGAGGAGGAGGUGGGGUAACCACUGCCUCUUUCGUUCGGCGCGCUUUGCCUCUCCAUUUUCCCUUUUCUUCGUGGCUGCCUUGGGCGGCUAGAUCUCUGACGACCGCCAUCGCUUCCAAAAAGAUAGGAGGAGCAGCAGCUUCCUCUGCCGUCGGCAAUGCUCAUCAAUGGGAGGAAGCAAUCUUUACACGUGUCACCGAUCCAAGCUUCCUAAGCUAUGCUGACGUCAACAAAUACUUCGUGCUCAGUUCAGCAAACUCAACACCAUUUCUGCACAUCUCCACAAACACGUCCAGAUUCAGGCUUGAUGGUGCACACAUUGGGCGAAGACCAUUUGGCCGAAACUUCCUCCUGGACGGGCCGGUGGGGAGCGGCAAGAGCGUGGCACUCGCAACUGCCGUACACUGGGCGAGAGCCUCGGGAUGGCUCGUCUUCUAUGUGCCGAGUGGGAGGGAUUGGAUUAAAGGAGGAUUCUUCCAGAAGCAUGCUCAAACGAACUUGUGGGACACACCUGUUGCAGCCAAGAAUGCUCUGCAGGGUCUGAUGAACAGUCAUGAGGACUUGCUGGCGGCGCUGCCGUUGAAAGUACCGGAGCCGAUUCCCGUUGAAACCAUUCCCACGCGGCCUGGUCGCUUGGGACCUGCCCAGAGUGGUGAGCCGGCAAAUGAAAACGAGGGCGCUAGCGGUUCCGGCGCGGGAGAGGAGAUUUCUGGAGGCGGCUCGCUCAGAGACUUGGUGUCACGAGGACUGAAGAUGACACAGGCGAAUGCAUUGGUUAGCUGUGUUGUUCGUGUGCGCAAAGAGCUUUCGCAAGUGACUGAUGUCCCCGUACUCAUCGCAAUUGACGAGUUCAACUCGUGGUUCGGCUACAGCGAUUAUCAGGAAUCCAGAGGUCCGUCCAGUCGGCGAAACAUCAGAGCUGAGGAUCUAAGGAUGGUAAAUGCUUUUCGAUCGAUGGUGGAUAGUCCUUUAGAGAACGGUGUGAUGGUGGCAGCGAAUUCAAAUUCGACUGCAACUGUGAACCUUCCAGUGACAUUGCCCGGUGUGCCGCAGCGCGUUCGCUUCGAGAUUCCGCGCUACAAUGCCCAGGAGACAGCAACUGCUCUCAACUACUACCACAGGUGCAAUAUCGGUUUUGACGACCCAACAGCAGAUGAUAUAAAGAGAAUGUUCUUCUUGACGGCAGGAAAUGGGGAUGAGCUCAGGACAUUAGCUCAUUUGCUUUAGAGUGCAUUCACUUACCUCAUCCUCCCCUUCCCCUCCCUCCCUCCCUCCCUCCCUCCCUCCCUCCUAGGCGACAGGCAAUGGGGAUGAGCACUAGCUCACAUGCUCUAGAGUGUAUUCACCUACCUCGAUGUCCCUCCUCUCACUCCUCUCCCUCCAUCCCUCCUCUCUUCUUCCUCCCUCCCUUCUUCUCCGUUUCUCUCCCUCCCUCCCUUCUCUCUCCCUCCCUCCCUUCCUUCUCUCAUCUUCCUCCCUCCCUCUUCAUUCCUUCCCUGUUUUCUAACCAUGGAAUCCCUGAGCACCCACUGGUAGGCAAUACGGAAAAGUUUUCUCCGGAGAAUAUAGAUGACGUCUAGAGUGCUUGCUAAUAGGCCCCCCUUGCUAGUCUAUAGUCAUUAUUUGGAAUUUGGGGAUAGCCAAUCCCCAUAGCACUUUUGAGUCUUACGUUGUAACCUACCUUCCUGUUUGUUCCUGUAUUCCCCUCCUCUCUUCCUCCUCCUCCACACCUUCCUUCCACCAACUGCAUUCUUGUCUUCUAGCAGGUCUU